AUGAAAAAGCGACAGGAUGUAGAGCAGGAGAAUAAGAGUGAGGAGAAGGACUUUCACGGGCCGGUUCCUAUGCCCAGGACGAAGAAGCCUCAGCCCAGACCUCGCUCUAUGCUGACGGGAGUCGCUAAAACGGGAGUCGCUAAAACGGGCCCCGGCUUGGCCCCCGUCCCUCGUCCACGCAGCAAACAGUUCGAGGCCACGCCCUUCGACAACGAGCCCAUUGACCUCUCUGUCCUGGUUGGUCAGCCAUCGUCCGAUGAGGAGAGGGUGAAAGAGAAGCAUCAGAAGAGAAGCAACACUCUCCGCUGGUUUAAGGACACGCAGGCUCGGAAAGUUGUGGAAAACGGGACGUUCCCCUGCUGGUUCCACGGCAUGAUCACGCGAAGACAAGCUGAAGAUCUUAUUAAGGACAAGCCUCUUGGGUGUUUCCUCAUUCGGGUCGGCCAGAGUCGAGAAGGUUACACGUUGACGUACAGGGGCGCCAACCGGAGUCGGCACUACAUGAUAGAGAUGCAGAGUAACGGGAAGUACGUGAUCCUGGGGGAGGACCGCGCCCACUCGUCUCUGCCAGACCUGGUCCAGUACCACACCCGCGUGGGCAUCAAACCGUUUAUGGAGCUUCUUACGGUUCCCUGUGGACAGACGUGUGAGCAUGAACCAGACUAUGAGGAACUCAGAGGAAUGAUGCUGGGGAACUCGAGCCUUGAGCCUGGGCAGGACGUGAAGGAGGAGCCCAGGUCCGGAGCGGACCACGUGCACCUAGAGUUUCAGAGACUGUUCCAGCCCCCGGGUCAAAGCCAGCAAUCAUCUCCAGACUCCCACAAACCCCCCGUGAUGAAGCGCAUCUACGACAGGAGGAGGCGUAUGGAGGAACGGGUCGAGCAUGAAGAACCAGGCCACAAAAGCAAGGCGGUCCCGCGCCUGUACCCCUCCAUCCGCCUCGCCAUGAGGGAGAUCCAGCAAAUCCAGCAGCAGUUUUCAGAGGGUCAGGAGCAGGCUCCGCCCCUUCCCCAAAGGCCCUGGACCAAUCGGAAAUAAGCUGAUUCAUAAAACCGAGGAAGACCAAAUGUGAAAGGCAGAAUAUUGUGUGAUGAAAUUUAGCUGAGAUCUAAAUGCAUAAAUGCAAACCUGAACAAAUGCACCUCUUUCUCUAGAGGG